AUGCAGCAGUGGGGCGGUGUGAUCAGCUACGUGGGCUCCAGCGGCUCGUCGCCCAGCCGCACCAGCCCCGUCUCGCUCUGCAGCGACAGCUCCAGCGGCAGCUCCCAGCCCUUCCCCUCCUACUUCCCCCCGUCGCCCACCGGCUCCCUGCAGGACUCCCGUGCCUACGGGGGGGGCUCGCUGCCCCCCCACGAGGACGGCUCCCCUUCUUCUUCCUCCUCUUCCUCCUCCUCCUCCUCCUACGGCUCCUCGGCGAGCUUCCCCGGUGUGCCGCCGGUGCCGGCGGACGAGCGGCGGCGCAGCUCGCCCAGCAAGAGCGGCAGCACCGUCACCAAGCUGAACGGCAUGGUGCUGCUCUGCAAGGUCUGCGGGGACGUCGCCUCUGGCUUCCACUACGGCGUCCACGCCUGCGAGGGCUGCAAGGGUUUCUUCCGCCGCAGCAUCCAGCAGAACAUCCAGUACAAGAAGUGCCUCAAGAAUGAGAACUGCUCCAUCGUCCGCAUCAACCGCAACCGCUGCCAGCAGUGCCGCUUCAAGAAGUGCCUGCUGGUCGGCAUGUCCCGCGACGCCGUGCGCUUUGGGCGCAUCCCCAAGCGGGAGAAGCAGCGGAUGCUGGCGGAGAUGCAGAGCGCCAUGAACGGCAUGGGGAGCCCCCCGCCGGGGGGGCCGAGCAUCGGCGAGGGUCCCGUGCCGGGCGGGGGCCACGCGCUGCCCCCCGGCCCCCCGCCGCUCGUCCCCCCCGCCUGCUUCUCCCAGUUCCCCCAGCAGCUGACGCCGCCCGGUUCGCCCGGCCCCGGGGGGGCCACCGAGGACGUCAUCGCGCAGGUGGCCAAGGCGCACAAGGAGAUCUUCGUCUACGCUCACGACAAGCUGGGGCCCCCCCCGGCCUGCGACAGCGCGUCCUGCGCUGGGACAGGCCCCCCCGCCUGGGCCCCCGGCCUCCCCAAGCCCCGCUUCUGCCCCGCCGCCUACCCCGAGCCCCCGGCGCGGGGCUGCCCCUGGCCCCGCGGCCCCAAGGACGUCCUGCCGGUGAGCGCCCGCCCGCCACGGGGGCUCCCCCGCCGGUCUCCCCCCCUCCCCCGGGUAUUUUUAGCCGCUAAUCACGCUAAUCGCCUUGCCGGCGAGCCCCUGUGCUGAGCCGCGCGUCGCCCGCAGGCCUGCCCCAUGAACAGCCACCCGCCUGGGCGCAGCGGGCGCUCGGUGCAGGAGAUCUGGGAGGACUUCUCCCUCAGCUUCACCCCCGCCGUCCGCGAGGUGGUCGAGUUCGCCAAGCACAUUCCCGGCUUCCAGGCCCUGUCCCAGCACGACCAGGUCACCCUGCUCAAGGCCGGCACCUUCGAGGUGCUGAUGGUGCGCUUCGCCUCGCUGUUCAACGUGAAGGAGCAGACGGUGCAGUUCAUGAGCCGGACGAAGUACAGCCUGGAGGAGCUGUGGGGCAUGGGCAUGGGCGACCUGCUCAGCUCCAUGUUCGAGUUCAGCGAGAAGCUCAGCGCCCUCGACCUCAGCGACGAGGAGCUGGGGCUCUUCACCGCCGUCGUGCUGGUCUCGGCAGACCGCUCGGGCAUGGAGGACGCGGCGUCGGUGGAGCAGCUGCAGGAGACGCUGAUCCGCGCCCUGCGCGCCCUGGUGCUGAAGACGCACCCGGCCGAAACCUCGCGCUUCACCAAGCUGCUGCUCAAGCUGCCCGACCUGCGCACCCUCAACAACCUCCACUCCGAGAAGCUGCUCUCCUUCCGCAUCGACGCCCAGUAG